AUGGCAGAGGGAGACGAGAAACACGGCAUAGGCAGCGACGAUGCGGAAAUAGGUGUCGCCACGCCCGUUCCCAAUGAAGAGCCCCCCAUUGAUGGCAAAUUAGAAAAACGCCUACUAUUGAAACAGGAUCUGCGUAUCCUCCCCCUCUGCGCGUCCAUCUACUUCCUGUCAUUUCUCGACCGCUCCAACAUUGGCAACGCCAAGAUUCUCAAUUCUUCCACUCAUGAUGACCUGCAGACCUCCACAGGCAUGACAGACUACCAAUUCAACAUUGCGCUGAUGGUAUUCGUCGUGGCAUACGCUGUAUUCGAGGUCCCCUCCAACAUUUUGCUCAAGAGACUACGGCCGAGCCGAUGGCUGGCGUUUCUCAUGUUUUGCUGGGGCGCCCUCACCAUUUGUCUAAGUGCCGGCAGGAACUUUGGCGGCGUCACGGCCUUGAGAUUCCUGCUCGGGGCGUUUGAAGCAGGUCUUUUCCCAGGGCUCGUGUACUACCUGACGUUUUGGUACAGGCACAAUGAGAGGAGUGUGAGGGUAGCUUUUAUUCUCGCCUCGGCUACCUUGGCCGGAGCUUUCGGAGGCGCAAUCGCCUACGGGAUAGGCCACAUCAACAAGGCGCAUAAUCUCCGAGGGUGGCAGUGGCUGUUCAUCAUUGAAGGGAUCCCCUCUUGCGUGUGCGCCGUCCUCGUCUUCUUCCUACUGCCCGACUACCCCGAGACGGCGAGCUGGCUGGGCGAAGCUGAGCGAGACCUCGCCCAACGACGGCUCCUCCACGAGGGCAGUAAAGGCACACAGCCGGCCAUGACCUGGGCGGAUGCCAAAGCCACGCUGACGGACUGGCGGCUCUACGGCCAUUACGCGAUUUACUUUGCCAUUAGUCCUGGGUUUGCGAGCCUGAGUCUGUUUUCGCCGUCGAUUGUCUCGGGACUUGGCUACCAGGAUCUCCAGGCCCAACUCUUUACCGUUACGCCCUGGGCGGUGGCAUAUGUCUGCCAACUAGCCGUCGCCUACUCGGCAGACCGCUUCAACGCGCGCGGCCUACAUACCGCCGGGGCAGCUGCCGUUGCUGCCGUCGGGUUCAUCGUCUCGGCCGCCCUGCCGCCGACCGCUUACGCGUCACGAUACGGCGGCCUGAUUCUCGCGACGUCGGGCGCGUUUUCGGCCAUCCCUCCGCUGUUGGGCUGGCUGUCGUCCAACAUGUACAGCACCGCGGCUACGGGCCUGGCUAUUGCUAUCAAUGUGAGCUGCGGAGGAGGGCUGGGGCAGAUCCCCGGUGUUUGGAUAUACAAGGCAGGCGAGAAGAGCAGGGGAUACCCGACUGGCCACUGGACGAAUGCCGGGUUUCAGAUAUUUGUUGCUGCCGCUUCUGUUGGACUGUGGGCAUUUUACAGGGUGAAGAAUAGAAGGUUGACUGAGGAGGCCAGGAGGAAUGGAGUCGAGCCGACUCUCUUCAAGCUGUAA